AUGCGAGCCCAGUGGAUGUCUGACCCAUACCCAUGUUACAGCUUCUAUGGUGUGGACGGCUCAGACUGCUCCUUCCUCAUUUACCUGAGUGAUAUUGAGUGGUUCUGCCCCCCUCUGGCUUGGAGGAACCACAGCAGCAUGCCAACAACUCACCCCGUACCACGCAUACAAGCGUCUCUGCGUUCAGACGUGGGGCCUCUGCUGGAGCAGGUGGGCACGGGUAAGGAGUCUCUCAGCUUCAUGAGGAGACGCAUACGCAGGCUGGCAGCGCAGUGGGCCGCAGCCGCACGACGACUCCACACGCGACUGCACAGCCAGGACAGGGAGCAGAAGAGGUUGGGUACCUGGCCUGUCUUGGUGCACGUGGGCUUCCUGACGGAGGAGUCAGGGGACAUGUUCAGUCCUAAGGUGCUGAAGGGGGGGCCCCUGGGGGAGAUGGUUCAGUGGGCCGACAUCCUGACGGCGCUGCACGUCCUCGGCCACAGCCUCCGGGUCUCCUUCUCCCUCAAGGAGCUGCAGGGGUUUCUGGGGGUUCCUCCUGGGAGAGGCAGCUGUCCUCUGACUGGUGCGUUCCCCUUUGACCUGGUCUACACCGACUACCACGGCCUGCAGCAGAUCAAGAAGCUCAUGGGCCUCUCACUCAAGAAAUACAGCUCCUGCAUGCACUCUGGGGUCACCGCUGAGACGCACACGCCAGACAACUCCUUCAUGGGCUUUGUGGCGGAGGAGCUGAAUGAGACUGAGAGGAGGAGCAUCCAGAGGAACAAGGUGACCAACAUGGCGGUGGUGUACGGCAAGGAGCCCAGCAUGUGGAAGGUCUUCAUUGGCUUUGGCUUCCCAUAUGAAGGUCCCGCCCCUCUGGAAGCAAUAGCCAAUGGGUGCAUCUUCCUCCAGCCCAAAUUCCAACCGCCUCACAGCUCCCCAAAUCACGAGUUCUUCAGGGGCAAGCCCACGUCAAGACAGGUCUCCUCCCAACACCCGUAUGCAGAGCAGUACAUCGGGAAGCCCCACGUCAUGACUGUGGAUUUCAACAACUCCCAAGAGCUGGAGGCAGCCAUCCAGGAGAUCAUGAGAACCAAAGUGGAGCCUUACCUGCCUUAUGAGUAUACCUGUGAGGGGAUGCUGGAGAGACUGAAUGCCUACAUAGAACACCAGGACUUCUGCCAUCCAGAUGCCCCGUUUCCCCUGGUGAACACCUCCAGGUCCUGGCCAGGCAACCCCCCCAGCCCCUUCACACUGCUGCCCAACAGCAGCACCCUGGUGUGGGCCCCCAACGUUACAGCACCCCCCUCUUGGCCUCCCCUGUCUGCCAUGCUGCUGGUGCUGGCCCCUGAGGGCCUCUCCUGUGUCCACACAUGCCAGGAGGAGAAGCUGCUGUGUGAGCCGGUGUUCUGUCGAGAUAUGCUGCAGGUGCAGUGUGAGGCUCUGGAGGUGGAGGUGAGCCACCUGUACCCGGCGGUGUCCGCGGAGGAGGCCGAGUGCUACCUGCAGAAGGAGCCUCUGCUGUUCAGCUGUGCGGGGGCCGGCCCCAAGCACCGCCGCCUCUGCCCCUGUCGAGACUUCAUCCAGGGCCAACAGGCCCUCUGCAGGGACUGCCUAUGAGGACCAGGCCACCUCUCAACACAAGCUGGGGAGAAAGCCGCUGGCCCCAUGCCCACUGCACUGCACUGCAGGGCGGCCUCAGGGAUGGUCAGCUCUGGGGCUACAGCAGGAACCUCUGGCUGCAGCUGGUUCUGUGGAAAAGCUCCAUGACUGGACAUGUGACUCUCCACCUGUAGCUCUCACUGAAGUGAUAUGAGAGCUGUGUGGUUGUCUGGCUGGGCCAGUACACAAGAGUCAGUGUCAACAUGAGGGAGCAGUGUGAUCAUCAGUGACAUUUAGCAACAGGUGGUAGAUGAAAGGGAGGAGGUUACAGUGGCACUUGGAGGAUCACUUAGUCUGGGCCUCUGAGUCUUCUCUAAGGUAGUGGUGUCACUUGGUCUCCUUGACUGAUGUGGUCGGUGAUGUUCACAGGCUUCAUUUGCAUGAAAGUGUCAACAUUUCCCUCCAGACACACCAAUGAUGUGUCACACAUCUACAAAACGAUGACUGGACUGUAUGAUGGAAUGAAUAUGAAUGUUGAUGAGGGGAAAUAGAUGCUCAUAG